AUGUACUCGGAUGAACACUUGGCGGAAAGUAGCACUCCGCGCCAUCGGCGUCAUCCACUUCAGUUAUGCAGGCAGAUGGAACAAGAAGAGUUACCUCCUCCGCACAUAGCUGACGAACAGUUUGGCAGCAAUAAUUGGCAACCACAAGACCGUGGUAAGGUAGAGGACAACCCACUUCCAGAUUCAUCAUCCGCAUUGUGUGAAAAUCCUGCUAGUACGAUGACUGCCACAGAAUCUUCACCAGCAUUUAAUAAGCCGUCAUCAUCAGCACAUCACCGAGCGUCGCCUCGGCCUCACCUUCCUCCAACACAAGGCAGUCAGGGAAGUAGCAGCACAGGAAGUGGUGCCACAGGAACGAGUAUCGGCACUAACAGCGGUGGAGGUAGCGUAAGUAGCGGCAAAUCUGGUCGUGGAUGCUACAAAACCAGUGCAACUAGUGGCCGUGGGAAUCGAUGCAGCAGUAGUGCGUCCUCAUCGACUGAGGAAACUGAAGCAAGAGAGCGUCGAUUCGGCAGUGUGGAUCUACAUCCCCUCCCUCUGGUGACUCUUAAUCCUGGAGGAGUGCGUCGAAGCUUGGUUUCCCCUCCCACAGGUCCUACUCAACAGCUGCACCUAGCCGCAUUGCUCACGCUUCAGCAACAAUUUGCUGUACGAUCUGCUGCAUUGGCCACCGCUGCACGUGUCACUACUGAGCGAGGUGACUCCUUACAGAUGGAAGCUCACAGCAGCAGUCAACCCUCGGUGCCAACGUCAAAUUCAACCUUUCCGGUGGACUCAACGGUACAGACAACGCCGGUCACCACCCAGUCUGCAGCUACCCUAACGGCGUCUUCAGAUACUCGGUCGGCAGAACCGAAUUGUGUUGACUCAACGAUUGCUCGCCUUGCACAACAAAGCCAGUUUCAUCCAUUAAAUUUACUUCCCCCUGUCUUUUGGCCAUGUCUGGUGUGUCCCGUACAUGCCGGUGUGCUAUUGCACUCUUCUGGAUUACUACUGAAUGAACUGGAUAAAGCAAAGGACCGGCAUGGUUCAUCUGGUCUAGAAACGUCGGCGGCGGAUCACACUGCGCAACCAACCAAGUCCCAAAGUGAUGCCACCGGUUACGACGUGGUGCCAUCGUUGUGGAUGGGGUCCGCUUCAUCUGGUGGUCUGACAACCAGCACUCCCCGAAUAGGACCGUACGAAUUGGGCCCGACUUUGGGUCGCGGAAAUUUCGCUGUUGUUAAAUUAGCCAGGCAUAUCGAAACCAAAGUCAAGGUUGCAAUCAAAAUAAUGAACAAGGAACUCAUUGGCUCGGUCAAUCUAAACAAAGUUUCCCGUGAACUAGAAGCGAUGAAACGCUGCCAACAUCCUCAUAUCAUUCGGCUCUACCACGUGAUGGAGAGCGAAUCGAAUAUUUUCAUGGUAACCGAGUAUGCCAGCCGGGGUGAGGUUUUCGAUCACAUAAGCAAGUCCCAGUUGUUCAAUGAGAAAGAGGCACGUGAACUCUUCUGGCAGAUCGUCUGUGCAAUCGACUUUUGUCACAACUCUGGUGUUGUCCAUCGAGACCUGAAGGCAGAGAACCUCUUACUCGACUCCGAGCUGAAAAUCAAAGUCGCUGGUGAGUUUCAGCCUCAACGAUUGCUUGGUUCUAUUCCCAAUGCUGAUCUCAUUGCAAGCGCCGUUAAAUUUCAUCUUCCUCUCUAUUCAAAAAUCACGCGCAAACAAGCCGCAAAGUGA